AUCUCAUGGACAUGAAUGUGCGUCUCCUUAUUUAAAACGAACCCAAGAAUUAAAACGAGACACGUCAAUACUGGAGCACCCGCGUUCAGUGUUCUUCCAACCUGCCAAGUUGCAGAAGGAGCCGGGAGGACGACUCGCAGCCACUUCCUCCUCUUUCAGCCAGAUUCGUGCAGAACUGGGAGAGAGGAAAUGGGUAGCUGUUGGGAUUCAUGGGUGGAGGAGGCCCUAAGGAGGCUGGAUUCGAGGAAGGUUCUUCGUUCGGUGAGACCCGUCUUCGUGUCGUCCCAAGAAGCGAGACCCGCAACCACCGGUUUUCUGUUUGACUCGGAGGAGGGACAGGAACUAGAGACGUUCGAUGGACCAGGGAUAUGGGACAGAUCGGCGGUGGAGGUAGAAAUGUCGGAGCCUACAUUCAAGAAAUGGAUGCAGGAUACCUCUAGCUUGGGGGAGGAGGUUCUAGAUGUGCCUGUGGCCGACAAAUCAUCCUCUACUUUUAAGAAGCUAUUGCUUUUCUCAAGCAAUGAUUACUUAGGUUUGAGUUCUCAUCCAACUGUUAGAAAGGCUGCUGCUAAGGCUGCUCAAGAAUAUGGAAUGGGGCCAAGAGGUUCUGCUUUAAUAUGUGGUUACACUUGCCACCAUAGGUUGCUGGAAUCAUCAUUGGCAGCCUUGAAGAAGAAAGAGGAGUCCCUUCUUUGUCCUACAGGGUUUGCUGCCAACAUGGUGGUCAUGGCAACAGUGGGAUGUAUCAGCUCUCUUUUAUCUAAUAGUGGGAAGCCUUUGGACAAUGAAAAAGUGGCAAUUUUUUCUGAUUCUCUGAACCAUGCAUCAAUUAUUGAUGGCAUUCGACAUGCUGAGCGGUUACAAGAAGUGAAAACAUUUGUAUACAGGCAUUCAGAUAUGACCCACCUCAACUCAUUAUUAUCAAGCUGCAAGUUGGAGAAGAAAGUAGUCGUGACAGAUAGUUUGUUUAGUAUGGAUGGGGAUUUUGCACCUAUUGUGGAACUUGUCGAGCUCCGCAGGAAGCAUGGUUUUCUGCUGGUAAUUGAUGAUGCUCAUGGAACACUUGUUUGUGGUGAAAAUGGUGGCGGAGUGGCAGAGAUGUAUGGCUGUGAAAAAUAUGUGGAUAUUUGUGUAGGCACGUUAAGUAAGGCUGUCGGUUGCUCAGGAGGAUUCAUUGCUUGCAGCAAAAAAUGGAAGCUGCUUAUACAAUCUAGAGGACGUCCUUUUAUAUUUUCAACAGCUCUUCCAGUCCCGGUUGUUGCUGCUGCUCAUGCUGCCAUUGCUGUGGCUAAAAAAGAGAAAUGGCGCAGGAACCUGGUUUGGAGACGAGUAAGAGAUUUUUUUUCCUUUUCCCAAAUUGAGAUAUGGAGUCCCAUUAUUUCACUGGUUAUAGGUGGUGAAGAAAUGGCACUUCUUGCUAGCAGGCAUCUGUUGAAGGCAGGCUUCCAUGUCACUGCAAUUAGACCACCCACAGUGGCCCCUAAUUCAUGCAGGUUACGUAUUACUCUGAGUGCUGCUCAUACCACUGCUGAUGUGAAAAACCUUGUGAAUUCCCUUGCCCAGCACAUUAUGUUACCACCUGGUGAUAGCUUUGCCAAAUUUUCACCUAAAGAGAAAAAAAGAAACGGAUCUGAAGUCGACUCAAGCUACAUGGUGAUUAGUCAGUCAAAGCUGUGAGAGCUGUGGAGGCGGACUUCAUAUUUCUGUUUCAGUGUUAUCAUGCUUUCCAAUAUUGGCAAGGCAAGGAUCCAGAAUAACAAUUCUAGAUCUCCUCAGAUGUUUUCUAGGUCCAUCGUUUGACUAAUUUUCAACAGCUUUUUUUUUUGCAUGUCUUGGUUAUCGGUUGACGAUGAUCAUGAUGUACGGUAUAUAGUUUGUUUUUUUUUCAAAAUAAUAUCAAUGUAAAAGGUUUGGAAGCAGCACGUUAUGCAUGGUCACGUUUUAAACAAAAGACCAACUCUUGAGUUUGCGAGUGCAGCAAGAUGAAUAUGAUUUUUUUUAGCCAA